AUGGCCGCCUCCAUGGGUGACCUGUUCUGCUUUUGUGCGGAUCCCGCGGGCCCGGCCCGGGCCAGGGUGGAAGUGAGAUUCAUCAGCAGCCUCAAGGGAAAAGGCUUAUUUGCCACCAGGAAUAUCCAUAAAGGGGAAACGAUCUUCGUGGAGAAGCCUGUGGUGUCAUCCCAGUUCCUCUGGAACGCGCUGUACAGAUAUAAAGCCUGCGACCACUGCCUGCGGGCCUUGGAGACGGCAGAGGAGAACGCGCAGAGGCUUCUGGGGAAAAGCUGUCGGCUCCUGCCUCACCCAGAGCAGUGCAGCAUCCGGAAGGAUUUGCAUCAGCACUGCCCCCAUUGCCAGGUUGCGUAUUGCAGUGCUGAAUGCAGGCAAUCUGCCUUUGAGCAAUACCACCAGGUGCUGUGCCUGGGCCCCUCCCAAGAGGACCCCAAACAUCCCCUCAACAAACUGCAGGACGCCUGGAGAAACAUCCAUUACCCACCGGAGACUUCCAGCAUCAUGCUGCUGGCGAGGAUGGUAGCCACCGUCAAACAGGCGAAGGACAAGGACUGGUGGAUAAAGCUUUUCUCUCAGUUCUGCAGCAAAACGGCCAAUGAAGAAGAGGAGAUCGUCCACAAGCUGCUGGGGGACAAAUUUAAGGGCCAGCUAGAGCUCCUCCGGCGGCUCUUCACGGAAGCCCUUUACGAAGAACAUCUCAGCAGGUGGUUUACUCCAGAAGGGUUCCGAUCGCUGUUUGCCCUGGUUGGGACCAAUGGCCAAGGCAUAGGAACAAGUUCCCUGAGCCAGUGGGUCCAUGCCUGCGAUGCGUUAGAGCUUCCCCCGCAUGAGCGAGAGCAGCUAGACGCCUUCAUAGACCAACUCUAUAAGGAUAUCGAGAAAGAGACCGGAGAGUUCUUGAACUGCGAGGGAUCUGGCCUGUACGUGCUCCAGAGCUGCUGUAACCACAGCUGCAUCCCCAACGCUGAGACGUCCUUCCCGGAUAACAACUUCCUCUUGCACCUCAUCGCCCUGGAGGAGAUCAAGCCGGGCGAGGAAAUCUGCAUUAGCUAUUUAGACUGCUGCCAGCGGGAGCGGAGCAGACACAGCCGCCACAAGAUACUCAGGGAACACUACCUGUUCACCUGCUCCUGCCCCAAGUGCCUGGCUCAAGCCGACGACGCCAACCUGACUUCGGAGGAGGAGGAGGAGCUGGAGGGCGAAGGAGAGACGGACGACGCGGAGCUGGAGGAUGAGAUGACGGAUGUUUGA